UUAGGAAUCAAUUCGCUGGUGGCGCGACCUUUUGUCAUAUCAUAUUCUGCUGCUCGCAACCCACUGCUGAUCGCCGAGCGGCUGUGCUUGCGUUUACAGAUUCAGAAGAAGAAAUGGAGAAAGGAAGAAGAGAGGUGGUAGUAUCAGCCUUGCAAUUCGCUUGUACCGACGACGUCUCCACUAACGUCGCCACCGCCGAAAGGCUGGUUAGGGAUGCUCAUGGAAAAGGUGCAAAUAUCAUUCUUAUUCAGGAGUUAUUUGAGGGUUAUUACUUUUGCCAAGCACAAAGGGAGGAUUACUUCAAGCGUGCUAGGCCUUAUAAGGACCACCCUACAAUUAAGAGAAUGCAAGAACUUGCGAAAGAGUUAGGCGUGGUGCUACCGGUUAGCUUCUUUGAAGAGGCAAACAACGCUCAUUACAAUUCAGUGGCCAUUAUUGAUGCUGAUGGGACUGAUCUUGGACUCUAUAGGAAGUCUCAUAUUCCAGAUGGACCAGGAUACCAGGAAAAGUUCUACUUUAAUCCAGGAGACACUGGCUUUAAGGUUUUUCAGACUAAGUUUGCAAAGAUUGGGGUUGCAAUAUGCUGGGACCAGUGGUUUCCAGAGGCUGCUCGUGCUAUGGUUUUGCAAGGUGCUGAGAUAUUAUUUUACCCUACUGCUAUUGGCUCUGAGCCACAGGAUACUGGACUUGACUCUUGUGAUCACUGGAAGCGAGUGAUGCAGGGGCAUGCUGGAGCCAAUUUGGUACCUUUAGUGGCCUCAAACCGCAUUGGGAGGGAAAUAAUUGAGACAGAACAUGGGAAAAGUGAAAUCACAUUCUAUGGGAAUUCCUUCAUAGCAGGACCAACUGGGGAAAUUGUUGUGGCUGCUGACAGUAAAGAGGAAGCUGUACUUCUUGCAAAUUUUGAUCUUGAUAAAAUCAAAUCCAAGAGACAUAGCUGGGGAGUAUUCCGUGAUCGGCGUCCAGAAUUAUACAAGGUGAUUCUUACACUGGAUGGCAGGAAUCCUUCACCAUGAUUCAGAGCCCAAAAACAAGCGCCAUUGGUAAUGUUAUCCCCAACCAUUAGCAUCCCACACAUUUGUCUCCCAUUGCUAGCAAUAUGACUAUAACUGAGGAAUAAUAAUUUGUAACAAUAUUAUCAAAGUUAUGAGAAACACAUUCAUAACACGUUGAACUGCCUUGUGUCUGGUGGAAAACAUGUUCUGUUCUUGCUGAAACCCUUUUAUUAACUUUCGGAGCAUCUUUAUUCUCCAGAAAAGUAUUUGCCUUCAGUGCUUUUCAUGUUGUAAAUUUUCUUUUAUGUAUAGAAGGAUUAAUGGAUCUUGACUUAUAGGCCAAAAAAUAAAGAUCUUGACUUAGG